AGGUCACUGCACCCUCCAGCCACCACUUCCGUUGUCUCCAGGUGCCUCGCCAUCUCAGCAUGGCGCUGCCCUGGGUUCUCACGGUCCUUAGCCUCCUUCCUCUGCUGGACGCCCAGAGCCCAGUGUGUGCCAACUUCAGGGCAUCGCCUAUCACCGACGCCACCCUGGACCGGAUCUCUGGCAAGUGGUUCUAUAUCGCGUCGGCCUUCCGCAACCCUGAGUACCUUGAGAUGACUAAGAAGCUCCAGGCGGCUUUCUUCUACUUAGCCCCCAACAAGAGGGAGGACACGAUACAGCUCAGGGAGUACUCGACCAUUGGCAACCAGUGCAUCUAUGACUCCGGCAUCUUGAAUGUCCAGCGCGACAAAGGGACCUUAUCCAAACAUGCGCUGGGCAGAGAACAUGUUGGCUACUUGUGGCUCACCAAGGACCCCAGAACCUUCAUGAUUCUCUACUUCCCGGAUGACAAGCAGAAUGUGGGGCUGGCCAUCUACGUGGACAGGCCUGAGGUGACCCAGGAGCAAAUGAGUGAGUUCUAUGAAUCCAUUGCGUGCGUGGGCAUGGACAAGUCGGAAAUCAUAUACGCUGAUGAGAAACAGGAUCAGUGUGGGCCGCUGGAUAAGGAGCACGAGGAGGAAAGGAAGAAGAAACAGGAGGAGGCCUAGGAGGACGCAGCCCUGGGUUGGGGCCUCAGGGACUUGGAGGUGCCCUCAGCCCCUGCCCACGCUUUGUACCUCCAUUCCUUCCCUCAGUGACAACAAUAAAGCUUCUUCCUUUGGGACGGGCA